AUGCACCCCGGGGCCCCUACAGCCUCUGCAGUCUCUGAGCCCAGCCCACGGGAACUGUGUGCCUUUGUGAGUGGGGCGGCCACCCACAUGCUGCGUGCCCUGCACCCUCGGCGGACCCGGCCCCCCAAAAGGAGACCCAACCACAGGAGGUUUCUGCACAACCAGAUCUGCAGGCAGUUUGCCAAGAUUGAAGCUGCCACCCGGCGCCUGGCGCUGUCUAUCCUGUCCCAAGAGGCACCUCCCCAGAGACCUCCGCCCCGAAGGCCGCCCCCGCCACCUCCGUCCCCCUUCCUGGGGGUGGCCUGCGCUGUGGCCCCCACUGAGGCACCCUAUGCGGGCCCCAGCUUGAGCCUCGCGGCCCUGGACACCUCCACCCUUGACCUCUUUGAUGACAUUGCACUCACCCCAGAGUGUCCCUCAGUGCCAUCUGAGUUGUCCCUCUGUGCUUGGGGCCAGCCAGACCUGAGGCAGGCUUCACAUUUCUAUAAUCCCCUCCCCCAUCCCCCGAAUGCCCCGGGGGGAGUGGACGGGCCCUGGGCUCCUGAGGCGGAUUGGGUGGGCAGGUGGGAGGUGCCUUGUGCCUGUCAUUCUCAGGGAAUCCCUGAGGGCUGGGGUACCUGCUCCCCAUGA